AUGUACACUCGCCUUCUCAUGAACACCGCCGCGUCUCUGCUCUUCAGAUUUUUGCAUCCGCUGCGCAACCUGAGCGAUCGGUAUCGUUUGGACCUCAUCGCUAGGGCGGUCCCGUGUCAUCGAGUCUGUGGAAGUGCCAGAAGAACCCUGGGGGAGAGCCUGCCACAGACUGGCACUCACCGGCACCCGUGCGCGAUGAAGUGGGCGACACUAGGAGCGCUCCUUUUGUGUAAGGCAUCAGCCUUCCACUUGCCUGGGGUGGUACGCGUUGGGCCAUCACGGAGAGCCAACUCCGUUCUUGAACGGCGGGAGGCGAGACAUGCCGCUGGUCGAGUUUUAGCCUGCACCGCAAAGGACGAGGCUAACAAGGGUGUGGCUGACGAGGAUGAUCCUCUAGACCUGAACCUUGAUGAUUUCAGCGAAGCCGAAAUAUCAGACGCGGAGCUGGACAAGAUGCUGCAGGCGGUGGAGCAUGGGAUCUCAAGACACAAACCGAAGGCAUUGGAUGGUGAAGCUGGACGACGUGGGGAGGUAGAUGAGGCGAAGAUGAUCAUGCUGCUCAGGCAAAAGAUGGGCGAGGAAGACUUCUACGCGGUGUUUGAUCCCAGGAAUCCGCGUAUCGGGGAUGUCUGA